CCUCACAAGUGAUAACACAAAUAAAUCUUGGGAUAUUUUCGUCUCAGAAAUAAAACCACAUUUAUCCGAGACGAACAUAUAAAUUAACAAAUUCAAAAAUGCGUUUAAUUUUCAUUUUCGGCGUUUUCAUUCUGCUUUAUUGCAAUGUGUGUUCCUCGAAAAAAACUGUUGUUGUUUUUAUACUUGAUAAAAGCAAUUGGACCCCAUACGAUAUGGAUUGUCUAAAAACAAGAAUACGAAAUCUGCGUUCCAGAUGUACUCAAAAUGGCUUUUUUUAUCGGCACAGGACAAUGUCUCCCUACGCUGGAUUUCCCUUCUAUGGAUCUCGCAUCGACAAUAUCUCGAGUUCCACAACUUCCAAAAACUAUUUCAGCACCGAAUACGCGUCAACGUUGAGAAAUCUUCUGAGAGAAUUACAACGUGUUCCAUCGUAUUCUGUAAUCUAUGUCAUCACAAAUGAGACCACGCCCAGCGAUAAAACUCGGAUUGACUAUAUUUUGGAAAAAAUACAAUACAAAAGAACACAGGUCAACUUUCUCAUCGAAACACAGCUGCCUUCCUACGAUCACGGAACCGACCCCCUCAAAAAGUAUGCAUUGAUUACGUCUAUCAGCAACGGGUACAUAAUGGGUCCAAAGUCAUUUAUAUUCAAUGAGUCCCACUUCACAGAUUCCAUGUAUCUGAGGUUAACUUCUCUUCCUCUGGAAGUAACCUUCCCAGCAGUCGUACGCAAAGAUAACAAAACAUAUUGCGCAGACAUGGAUUUAUUAGCAGAUAAAGACAGGAUUAAAAAAAGUUUGGAUUUAGGCUUGCACGGAACAAAUGCAGAUAUGCCUAGAACGAGCCUAAUCAAAUGGAAAAUGGCAGUGACGCCUUUGACACAUACUAUCAAGAAUUGCGACAACGUUUUCUACAAAAAAAUCGAUCCUCGUACAUUGGAGUUUUCUGAAAGGAUUGUCACAGGUUUUACCAGAAAAUAUUUCGACUACGAUUAUGGGUUUUCUACCGAAGAUAUUCGUUAUUUAAAUGAGACCUAUACACGACCAAUACACGUAAAUUUAUCAGGGAAACCAAACAAACUUUAUGUAUCCUUCGUUGACAAAAACGUCGAAUAUAAAUUUCAUCAUUUCGAGAUACUGUUUGUGAACGGGAGUUCUUACGGAGAAAAGAUCCUUCUGCAGCCGAAACCAGAAACGAAUUUAUACUCUGGAUCAUUUUUACCGCCAAAUGGAUAUUUUUACAUACAAGUAACGAUUAAUGCGACAGACAGAGUAGUCAAUCGAUUAUCAUCUACUGCGAUGAGCGCUGCGAAAGGAUUCGGAGAAGAACAUCUUAAUCCAAUUUUCGAAUACAAACCAACAUUCAAAAGCCAGGAAGUAUUGCCUACCACGUCUAAACCACCAACUUCGAAUGAAAUUAACAUCUCCGGUGAAUUGCCUGUGUUUAAACGACCAACUUCGAAAGAUAACACCUCCGGUGAUAACUUUGAAAAAAUCGUGUUUUACGCUGGUGUUGUCUUGCUCGGAUUGGGCUUAUGUUGUGUUAUAUUUAUACUACUUAAAUAUCGCAAGCCCGAUAAAAAAACACAGAAACGAUCAGAUCUCGAAAAAGCUCAUCAUCGAGCGGAGCCAGACGAACUUGAACACCUAGUUGAGCACCAGCAACUUGAAUUGAAGCCUAUGACUUAUCUGCCCCCCACCACCAUAAAAAUGAGAAAUUCCCACAUCAAACAGAAAACUAAAUGUCGAGGUAUCAUCUGAUGUUUCCACAACUCUGACUAAAACAUGAUGGCUUUUAGGAGGUACCUAGCUAGUAGCUACCUACUUCGAAGUCUACACAGCAAUUUGAAAUUAUUACAAAAAUUCAACUAUGGAAACUCGCUGGUAGGGUAAUUGGCUCAAAAAUAAAGGAAACAAAAAUUUAGAGCAUGAAAUCCCUGAUCAAUACACUGUACCUAACUAUACCUAUUCGAUUUUUUCUCAGAGAUUUUGAUUUUACGAUAUUUAAAGUGGAUAAAAAUUAAGAAACUCAAUUUCAUCGAACCGUUCGUUAUUAUGGAACCUAGAUACAGGUUUUCCAGGACAAGUAGGUACAAAAAUAUUGAUUUUAGUUUUCAUAUUUUCAAGUAUUUUAUGAAUUCGAUCGUUUAUAUUAUUAUUAUAACAUAAAUAAAUUUGCAGAAUAUACGA